AUGAAUAGGAAUAAUGUUACUGAAUUUAUUCUCUUGGGGUUUUCUCAGAAUAAGCAGGUUCAGAUUCUGUGCUUUGCCAUUUUCUUAUUUUGUUACAUGGCUACUUUGAUGGGAAAUUUCAUCGUCAUGAUCUCUAUUACCAGCAGCCAGCUCAUUGAACAACCCAUGUACUUCUUCCUAACUUACUUGUCCUUUAUGGAUGUUUGUUACACCUCUACAGUGACCCCUAAACUCAUCACUGACAUGCUGGUUGAGAAGAAGAGUAUUUCCUAUACUAAUUGUCUGAUUCAGCUCUUCACUGUGCACUUCUUUGGAGGGGUGGAGGUCUUCAUACUCACAGGGAUGGCCUAUGACCGAUAUGUAGCCAUUUGUAAACCUCUCCACUACAUGACUAUCAUGAGUAGGGACAGGUGUAAUGCACUGGUCUUGGCUGCUUGUGGUGGGGGUUUUCUGCAUUCAUUUGCACAAUUUCUCCUUGUUGUUCUCUUACCUUUCUGUGGUCCCAAUGAGAUGGAUCACUUUUUCUGUGACAUGUAUCCGUUGCUGAAACUUGCCUGCACCGAUACUCACAGGUUUGGUCUCUUAGUAAUAGCCAAUUCAGGAAUGAUUGCAUUAAUGGUGUUUUUGGUCCUUAUGACUUCAUAUGCUGUGAUCUUAUAUACACUUCGGUCACAUUCUUCUAAGAGCCGCCAAAAAGCUCUUUCCACAUGUGGCUCCCAUAUCACUGUUGUAGUCCUGUUCUUUGGGCCUUCAAUUUUCAUUUAUAUUAGACCAGCCAUCACAUUCCAGGAAGAUAAAGUUUUGGCUCUUUUUUACACAAUCAUUGCUCCCAUGUUCAAUCCUUUAAUUUAUACUUUGAAGAAUUCAGAAAUGAAAAAUGCCAUGAAGAAGGUAUGGAACAGAAACAUGUUCAAGGGAAGAAAACAUAUAUUCUAA